AUGUCCAAGAGCCUGACUUCCAGCCUGCCUGGCCUGCUUCUUCCUGGUCUCCAGGACCAGGGGCAGAUGCAGCCAGUUCCCCGGUCAGCGGGGAUCAUGGUGAAGGAAGCCACCAUGGCCCCGAAGCCUGGACAGGGCAGGGUCUGCCCUGGAGUUUGUUCUGAGGCAGCUUACAGGUCUGUAGCAGCCCUGGGCUUCUUGUUGGCUUUGUCGGGAGGGGAAGCGGCCAGUUCUGAAGCUUCCUGUCCCCGCUGCCACGUACAUGCCGUUUGCCACAAUGCCACCCACUGCAUCUGUGAGAAGGGGUUCCAGCCCAUACCCAGGCAGGGCCCCUUCAUCCAGCCCCACGAGGAGUGCGAAGACAUCAAUGAGUGCCAGAUGCAGCCAUGCAAGAAACAAGCGUACUGCAAGAACAAGGUCGGGAGCUUCCUCUGCAGCUGUGUGAUGGCUUUCCCUUUGUUCCGCUGGGUGGCCGGCAUCAUUGACAUAGAAGACCCACAGUGUUACAUCUCUCCCAGGAUUAGCCCGUCUACAUCAAACCACUUGGCCAUUCCCAGCUCUGCACAGACACCUGAUCAACAAGACAAGGGCAUGGAGACAGGAGGAACAGGAGUGCCUCCGGGGAAUAUUUGGAGAGUUAUGAGUGAACAUGGAAACAGAAAAGACUUUGCAAGAAAUGUCACCCAGAUGCUUCGGCAUGUGGAGUUCUUCAUCUGGAAUCAAACUUCUGAUUCUCCAACCAAAGGAGAAUAUCCACAGCUUGACAUAGUCUAUGAAACCAGGAGGUGCAACCAGAAGACGGUCCUGGUGGCUGGACAGAACACGAUGGCCAUCAACUGUGCCAGCGCCCUCCCGGGAUCCGGAAGGGGAGGUGCCCGCACCGUGGCUCUCAUCACUUACCAGACUCUUGGGAACCUUCUGAACGAAUCCUUCUUCCAUCGCAGAAGAGGAAUGCGGGGAGUCAGGCUAAACUCCCAGGUCGUGACUGGCACUCUUGGCCCAGAAGGCAAAGCUGGCCUGUCCGACCCCGCGCUCCUGACCUUACAACAUACUCAGUAUGGCACCCUGAGGAGGAAGCACCUGUGUGUGUCCUGGCAAGGGUCAGAGGAGGGGGGCAGCUGGUCCACAGAAGGCUGCUCCCCAGUGAGAAGCAAUGAGUCCUACACCACGUGCCAGUGCUCCCACCUGUCCAGCUUUGCUGUCCUCAUGGCGCUGGCCCCCAAGGCAGAUGCCGCCCUGUCUGUGAUCACCUACGUGGGGCUGAGCCUGUCGCUGCUAUGUCUGCUCCUGGCGGCCUUCACCUUCCUCCUGUGCCGGCCCAUCCACAACACCAGCACCACACUCCACCUGCAGCUCUCGCUCUGCCUCUUCCUGGCGCACCUGCUCUUCCUCACAGGCAUCAACAGAACUGAGCCGGAGAUGCUGUGCGCCAUGAUUGCAGGGGUGUUACACUACCUCUACUUGGCUGCCUUCAUGUGGAUGCUUCUAGAAGGCCUCCACCUCUUCCUCACCGUCAGGAACCUUAAGGUGGCCAACUACACCACCACUGGCAGAUACAAGAAGAGGUUCAUGUUCCCUCUGGGCUACGGAAUCCCAGCUGCCAUUGUGGCUGUGUCUGCAGCAGUCGGACCCAAGAACUAUGGAACCUUUACCCACUGCUGGCUCAACCUUGAGAAAGGAUUUAUCUGGAGCUUCAUGGGACCCGUGGCAGUCAUUAUCUUGGUAAACUCAGUGUUCUACUGCCAAAUUCUGUGGAUUCUGAGGAGCAAAAUUUCCUCCCUCAAUAAAGAAGUUUCUACCCUUCAGGAUACCAGAGUCAUGACGUUCAAAGCCAUCUCGCAGCUCUUCGUCCUGGGCUGUUCCUGGAGCCUUGGCUUUUUGAUGGUGGAGGAAGUGGGGGAGGUGGUUGGCUCGGUCGUGGCCUACUUGUUCACCAUCACCAAUGUCCUGCAGGGGGUGUGGCUCUUCGUGGUGCACUGUCUGCUGAACCGCCAGGUGCGAAUGGAAUACCGGAAGUGGUUCAGUGGAAUGCUGAAAGGGGCUGAGGCAGAGAGUGUGGAGAUGUCCCACUCCACCACCCACACCAAGAUGGUAAGAGCCCUGGACGCCUCCUUGGAACCCCCACUGUGUGCCCGGGGUGCUGUCCGAAAGACAACUGUCAGCCCAGACAAGAGCGCCAUGGAGGAGGCCAUUAAGGUGAAUCAUGGAGAGGCACUGGAAGGGUCCCUGCCCCUGAAGACAAAGGAGGACGUCUCUAAGCCAGGCCACCUGUGUGGCCAGCCAGGCCAUAAAGGCUCAGCCUGCCCACAGCCACAAAAGCUGACUGGGCUGCGCCCCAGGAAUGCCUUCUGGGACUGGCUGCUAGAGAUAAAGACUGAGGAGGCCCUGGACUGCCGCCCCGACCAUGCACAUCACCACACGGGAGCCCAGGGUAACAACUGUGGUUGCAGUCCCACCAAGCUGCUGUGUCACACCCACAUGAUGACACUGCUCAAUUCCCUUGCCUCCCAGGGAUACCCAAUCUCUCCCAAUAAGGUGUAG